GUGCUACUCUUGGCGUCUUUUGGGCUCGUUUGACUAGCCGCCGCCAACCAAAAAUGCGGCAAGGGGGGAAAAAAAAAAUCCUUCCGCCGUUUUUCUCGUCACUGCCGCCGAGCCUGGCCGAGCCCUCGAACUUCAUUGAGAAAGGAUACGUUUUGAUCGCGCCUUUCGCUACGGCGACAACGUCGAUGUUUCCCACAUGGUGGGAAUUUGACCGCGUUUCCGAAAUGUUCGGCGCUCGAGCUAGCCGUGAAUAAGUUGGCAAAAAGAGCGAUUUGAAUAAUGCAUGCGCUGCUCGCUGCUUGCCAGCUUUAUGGUGACGUCACGGCGGAUGGCGAUCACUCGCUCUUCGUGACGUCACGGCGGUGGCGAUCACUCGCUCCUCGAUUGCUUUUCAGGACACUUGAUGACAAGUGUGUCGUUUGGCCUCUUGGCCAUUGGACUCGUCUGAGCGCAAAGAACGUGACAAAGGUUUCACGCUGGAAAGCUGUGAAUAGGCUGGCGGCACCCGAUCGGAGAAAACAUUUCACCCGAGUGUCGGAUGAGAAGCCUCUAUAUGAGCAGGAAAUAUUCCAGAGCCACCCAGACCAAGCCGGCUUCAGUGAAAUCCCUAAACGAGGCGAUUGUACGAGCUGCUGGGAUCGCAGGGCUCGCAGCCUGAUGAUGGAUGACUCCGAAGCACAGCUGACCGUGUCGGAGGCGGAUGCUCUGGGCGCAGACUUCAUCACGGUGGAGUUGGACACGCAGCCUAUCGAGUACGUGGUCAAGUGGGCUGAGGUGGGCUCCAAGUUCACCAUCUCGUGCGUCAAGAAGGACUCUGACGACCCGUCGGAGCUGAGCAGCGAGCAGCUCAAGAUGGAGACGGAUGAGGCCUUUUUCGCGCCCUACGAGGAGGUGUACCCCUGCGAGGUGACUGAGCAAAGCGUGGAAAUUAAGAUGGAGUCAGACGACGAUGAUGAUGAGGAGCAGCACCAGAUCCUGGUGGAGGUGGGCGGCCAGCCAGACGGCGAGGCCGACUCGGACCAUGGUGACCUAGAACCCGACGAGCGGCGCUAUCGCUGCGGCUACUGCGGCAAGUGCUACAGCCAUGCCUCCAGCCUGUACCGCCAUCAACAGACGCAUGCUGCCAAGGUGGCCGCCACGCCGGUGCCCGCCGCCGCCAAGCGUGCCCUGGAGCCUGCACAUCAGGAUGCGCGAUACGCCUGCCAGCACUGCGGCAUGACUUUCAAGGGCAGCAGGAUGCUGGGGAGUCACCUGCGGCUGCAUGGCAAGAGGCGCAUCCACCCGUGCAACAUUUGCGGCAAGGAGUUCAACCACAGCUCCAGCUUGUCGCGACACCGCCUAAUCCACAAGAAGGCCAAGGACGGCAUCGCCAGCCACACUGCGCCCGCCCGCUCGGCUUACCGCCCCUCGCCCAAGGGCAAAAGGGCCAAGCGGCGGAGGCCGCCGGCGGGCGUCAUGCAGGCGCCAGGCCUAGACGACAAGUUCUACGCCUGCCCGCAGUGCGAGAUGAGCUUUCGCAGCUCCGCCGCACUCUCCAAGCAUCAGGUGACUCACGUGAAGGAGCUUCUGGACAGCUACGCGCAGCCCGGCAAGGAGAACCUGGCUGAGAGCUCAUCCGACCUAAAGAUCCGGCUCAAGCUGUGCUCCCGCGACAAGCCCAACUUCUACACGCUCUGCAAGAAGAAUCGGCGGCGGCGGCGCCGCCCCAAACAAGGCCCCGGCGAUGCUCAGGACGAGGAAGAUGGCGCUGAUGCCCCGGAGGCUCACGGCUGUGGCCUUUGCGGCAAACGCUUCAGCCACACCUCCAGCUUGGCGCGCCAUCAGCUGAGCCACCAAGUGGUGGCGGCGGCGGACGGCGGCCAGCGCGCCAAGACCAAGAGCAAGACCUUCACCUGCGCCGCCUGCAACAAGACCUUCAUGCACUCGUCCAGUUUCUCUCGCCACAAGAAGGCGCACCUGGGCGCCGCCAAGAGGGCCAUCUUGGACGAGACGGCGCCCAUCGAGUCCGACUCCGACUGACUGCCGGAAGUGACUUGCGCUUGGGCGGGACGGCAAGUGUACAUAGCGGACGUGGUCAAAAGGUCGCUCUCGCCCCCUCAUUGGCCCACACACCCUCCCCCACCCCAAGAAGAACCAGAGGACGCUCCAGUCUAACCUCUACGGUCUCUGCGUGAUGAAAUGGGAUGGAACACGCCAUUGCCGCCGCCAUGUUUCCGCGCCACGUCUGCCCGCCUCGUCUCUGAGUGAUCCGAUUGGCCGCUUGAUCCGUUUGUUGAGUCCAUGUUGUGGUAUGCAUGAAGCUGCACGGCCAUCAUUGUAGUUUUGGACGAGGGGAGUGAGGCGCAAGGCCGGCGUAUAUAGGAUUUUGAAAUGAUGACGUCAAAGGUAUUUAAAUGUCAUUUGCACCCUUAAGAAGGCAGGUGAUCACAGUAGUAAGGGCGCCCUCGUCAGCAGCAGGAAAAGACAAAAUGUUUACACGACAGUUCCAUUUGAGGUAAAGAUUCGGCUAAUUACUGAUCAUUGAUUGGUCUGUUUGAACAGCAGAGAACGUGUGGUGUGUUGAUGACAUUGUGAAUUCUGACAGGUGUCCAGGCUGAAAGUUUGUUUGAAAAAGGAAACAGAUCGUCGUUCACCUUUAGCCUCCAUGUUGUAUUGCAUCAGUGUCGUGUUUGCUCAUUAGCACAAAGCCUUGAUGUGUUCAUUUUGUAAUAAAUCUGGAAAAUGAUGCCUUA